AUGGGAGCAUCAACCUGGGUUGUGGCACUUUCAUUGGUAACGGAAUGGUUUAUACUACGCGCUAUUGCGUCCGGUACAACAGCGUGGACGCACAAGUAUGGAAAACGGGCAGACAUGGCGUUCUCUGGGAUCACAACAUUUGCCCACAUGCCUAAUACUGCGUGUUUGAUUGAUCCGUUGCCCUUUGAUAUUGGUAUCAUUGGGUUUCCAUUCGAUACUGCGGUUUCAUACCGACCCGGUGCACGAUUUGGGCCAAAGGCGAUAAGAGACGGCUCUCGCCGUCUUCGAACCAGCAAUGGAUGGUCUAUGCACUGGAAAGUCAAUCCAUACGACGGUACGGUGGCUCUUUCCGACUGUGGGGAUGUACCUAUCACGCCCUAUGACAACUCUUUGGCACUAGAAGAGAUGGAGAUUGCGUACGAUACAUUGCUCAGCAGAAAGGUUGCGCACGAAGGAUGGUCCGCCCCGCUCAGCUUGGACGGCAGUCGUCAUCCAUUUAUUCUCACAUUGGGAGGGGACCAUACCAUUGCAAGUGUGUACCCCAUCCUUCGAUCCUUGCACAGACGGCACGGUCCAAUUACCGUGCUUCAUUUCGACUCACAUAUCGACACUUGGCCACCAUCUAGGAUCCCAUCUUCCUCCUCUUCGAUAUCCCAGAUUACCCAUGGCACGUUCUUCUGGAAGGCUGCAACCGAGGGUUUAAUUGCGAACAACAGCGUCCAUGCGGGGAUACGAUCCAAGUUUGAAGGGCCUUAUGACCUUGAGCAUGACAAAAUCGUUGGCUUUGACUUGAUUGCAACAGAUGAGAUGGAUGAAGUCGGAGCACUAGCUAUCAUCGAGCGGAUUCGGCACCGCAUAGGACAUGAUCCACUCUAUGUAAGCAUCGACAUAGAUGUGCUUGAUCCAGCGUUUGCUCCAGGAACUGGAACUCCAGAGCCGGGAGGGUGGACGAGUCGAGAGAUGAAGCGACUUUUACGUGGACUGGAGGGUCUCAAUAUUGUCGGUGCGGACAUUGUCGAAGUCUCCCCGGCAUACGACAGUGGCGACAUUACAGGAAUAGCGGCAGCAGAUCUCGCGCAUGAGCUUUUAUCCCUCGUCAUUGUUGGCAAGGGAGCGCGAAACGUGGCGGGCCAGCGUCGGUGGCAUAGUGAGCUGUAA